AUGUCUCCCACCAAAGAAUACGCUCUUCUCUGCUUAGAGAACCCUUUGCUUGAUAUUCAAGCUCCAGGGAACGAUGAGCUCUUGGCUAAAUAUGGCCUCGAGGCCGACAAUGCCAUCCUCGCUGAAGAAAAGCACCUCGGGAUCUACGAAGACCUCCUGAACAACUACUCUGCAAAGCUGAUUGCAGGGGGCGGUGCCCAGAACACUGCCCGUGGAGCUCAGUACAUGCUGCCUCCUAACUCAGUCGUGUAUCUUGGUGGCGUUGGAGACGACAAGUACGCUGCAAUCCUACACGAUGCUGUGAAGCAAGCUGGCCUUAGAGUCGAGUACCGCGUCGACAAAAAGGAGAAGACUGGCCGUUGCGGUGUUGUUAUUACGGGCCACCACCGCUCUAUGGUCACUGAUCUGGGUGCGGCUAAUCAUUAUGAUUUGGAUCAUCUGAAGAGCCCCGAGGUGUGGAAGCUUGUUGAAGGCGCCACUCACUACUUCGUUGGCGGGUACCAUCUCACAGUCUGCCCGCCAGCUAUCAUGGCUUUGGCUGAAGAGGCUGCCAAUAACGACAAGUCGUUUGUGUUCUCGCUCUCUGCUCCUUUCAUCCCGAUAGCCUUCAAGGACGCUUUGGAUGCUACGGCCCCGUACUGGGAUUACGUGAUUGGAAACGAGUCUGAAGCGCUUUCAUAUGCCGAGGCACAUGGAUUGGAGACUAAGGAUAUCAAGGAGAUUGCUAAGCAUUUGGCUGCGUUGCCCAAGGCCAACAAGAAGAGGGAGAGAGUUGCCAUCAUUACUCAAGGCACAGACCCCACUGUUGUUGCUACCAAUGGGGAGGUGAACGAGCAUGCAGUUCAUGCUAUCAACCCGAGCCAAAUCACCGACACUACCGGUGCUGGAGAUGCGUUCGCUGCUGGUUUCACUGCUGGUCUUGUUGCUGGUGCCCCUCUUGCUCAGUGUGUCGACCAGGGUCAAUGGCUGGCAAAGCUUAGCAUUCAGGAGCUUGGUCCUUCUGUCACAGCACGCUUGUUGGGGGAUAAUGAUAUUCUUAUUGGCUAUACGCCCCAGAAGUGA